CACCAGUCAGUGACUUAUCGCCCAGUCACGCGUCCCUCCCACUGCCUGCGGUGAUAGCUACAGUGUGUGUUCAUAUAUAUGAGCAGUGCUGGACUUGUGCAUUUACCCACUGACCCGCGGCUUUGGGGGUUUUCUCCUCUGGGGGGGAUUUUUGCGGACCGCCGCCUGGCUUUGCGUCUUGCUGUCACUCUCUCGCACGCUGAGUGAGGUCGAGCUUCGGCCGUCGCGGGAGGACGAUCAGGAAAACAAUACAUCAUCAGUCAUGGCCGCCAUCAGCAACUCAAACACAAGGUUUGCCUUGGAGCUGCUGCGCACUCUGAGCCAAGCAAAUCCCAGCGGCAACAUCUUUGUCUCCCCGCUGAGCAUCAGCUCGGCCCUGGCGAUGGUUUACCUGGGCGCGAAAGGAGACACUGCUGCUCAGAUGGCACAGGCCCUGUCCUUCAGCUGCGGUGAGGGCGUCCACGCAGACUUUGAGACACUGAACGCUGACAUCAACUCACCCUCUGCAUCAUACAUCCUGAAACUAGCCAACCGGCUUUAUGGAGAAAAUACUGCCAACUUCCUGCCGCAAUUCCUGGAAGCCACACAGAAGUACUACCAGGCAGACCUGAAGGCUGUUGAUUUCAUCGGGGCUCCAGAGGCGUGCAGAGGGGAAAUCAACAGCUGGGUCGAGCAGCAGACGGAAAAUAAGAUUAAAGACCUUCUGAAGCCAGGAACAGUCAGUAGUAUGACGAGAUUGGCUCUGGUUAAUGCCAUCUACUUCAAGGGAAACUGGAUGAACCGCUUUGAUGAGGCAAACACCAAAGAGAUGCCUUUUAAAGUCAACCAGAAUGAGAACAGGUCGGUCCAGAUGAUGUACCAGAUGAGGAAGCUGCCCUACAACUACAUUCCUGAGCUCGGUCUGCAGAUCCUGGAGCUGCCGUACGUGGAUGAGGAGCUGAGCAUGUUCAUCCUGCUGCCCGAGGAGUCCCCAGACGGCUCUGACUCUCUGCUGAAGCUGGAGAAUGAGCUAACACGGGAGAAGCUGGACGAAUGGACCAACAGGGAAAACAUGGACGUGCACUCAGAAAUCCUCGUUCACCUGCCCAAGUUCAAGCUGGAGGAAGACUACGAGCUGAACGAGCCUCUGGCCAAACUGGGCAUGACAGACGUGUUCUGCGCGGCGAAGGCCGAUUUGUCCGGCAUGAACGGUGACACGGGACUCUUCCUGUCUACAGUGGCCCACAAGGCCUUUGUGGAGGUGAACGAGGAGGGGACGGAGGCGGCCGCAGCCACAGCAAGCAUGAUAGCUUUCUGUAUGUUGAGGGAGGAACACUUCACAGCAGACCACCCUUUCCUCUUCUUCAUCAGGCACAAUAAGACCAAGUCCAUCCUCUUCCUCGGCAGGUUCUCGUCUCCUCAGUAGACAGAACCAGCAGAGGACGAUGUGGGGCCAAUUCAAAUAAAAAAUAUGCAUAAUCCUUGAAAUGAAGACUUUAUUUUCUGUGAUGUUUUGCUCAUUAAAGAACUGCAUUUUUAUGUGCC